AUGCCCUAUGAGUUAAUUGUCAUGUCAGUGUUAAUUGGAGAUAGGCAGACUGAAUGGACAGGGCAUCAGAACGCAGAGCUCAUUUACAUGAGUAGUUGGAGGUUUAAGCCAACAAGAGGGUUCCUUGUCACUCUGGGCAGAAGCACAGGGAACUUUGUGAAGCCACUCUUAGAGAGUGAAAGAGAAAGAAGCCAGAGAGUACUUUCUGAAUGUCUGACCUGCUUUUAUCCUGGAAUUGCCAAGCAAUUCAGCAGCAAAUGCUGUCCUGCAAAGGAUGUUGGGUUUGGAGAGGAAUUAAAACAAAUUAUUAAACUUCUGCCAACACACAGGGAAACCAUGCUCUUUUCUGCCACACAAACUAGAAAAGUUGAGGACUUGGCAAGGAUUUCUUUGAAAAAGGAGCCAUUGUAUGUUGGUGUUGAUGACAAUAAAGCUAAUGCAGCAGUGGAUGGUCUUGAGCACGGCUAUGUUUUUUGUCCCUCGGAAAAGAGAUUCCUCCUACUCUUUACAUUCCUUAAGAAGAACGAGAAGAAGAAACUGAUGGUCUUCUUUUCAUCCUGUAAGUCCAUGAAAUACCACUAUGAGUUGCCGAACUACAUCGAUUUGCCUGUCUUGGCCAUUCAUGGAAGGCAGAAGCAAAAUAAGCGUACAACCACAUUCUUUCAGUUCUGCAACGCAGAUUCAGGGAUAUUAUUAUGUACUGACGUGGCAGCGAGAGGGCUGGAUAUUUCUGAAGUCAACAGGAUUGUUCAGUAUGACCCUCCAUGUGACCCCAAGGAACAUAUUCAUCGUGUGGGAAGAAUAGUCAGAGGCCUAAAUGGGAGAAGGCAUGCCUUUCUCAUUUUACGCCCUGAAGAAUUGGGUUUCCUUCAUUACCUGAAGCAAUCCAAGGUUCCAUUAAGUGAAUUUCAGUUUUCCUGGCCCCAAAUUCCUGACAUUCAGUCUCAGCUUGAAAAAUUGAUUGAAAAGAACUAUUUUCUUCAUAAGUCAGCCCAGGAAGCAUAGAAGUCUUACAUUCGAGCAUAUGAUUCCCACUCUCUGAAACAGAUCUUCAAUGUUAAUAAUUUAAAUUUGCCUCAGGUUGCUCUUUCGUUUGGUUUCAAAGUGCCUCCUUUUGUUGAUCUGAACAUGAACAGCAAUGACGGCAAGCUUAAAAAGAGAGGAGGCAGUGGUGGCUUCGGCUACCAGAAAGCCAAAAAAGUCGAGAAGUCCACAAUCUUCAAACACAUUAGCAAGAAGUCCUCAGACAGCUGGCAGUUCUCCCACCGAAGACACAUCUUCCUUUUGUCUCGAAUAGCUUUGUCCUGA